CUUUGGUUUGUUAGACCCGUACAGUGUAAAAUGUCAAAUGUCAGUGGUUAAUAAUUUUGUAAUCAUGGGGAAUCAUGUGUUCUUUUGGAUUUGUUUAUGUGGUGUUUUGUUAUCUAUUUCGGAAGUUUCUCCUGAAAGAACAAAAGAUAAAAUGUACGAAUCUAUUGAUGGAGCGGCAGCUUGCUUCAGAAGACUGAAUGGAACUCAUCAGUUCGGCUGCUCAUCUUCCCGCUCAGGCAGUGUUGGUGCUAUACACUUAAUUGAUGAUGAUAAUGACCUACUGUGGCUUUUGAAUAAAGGGGAUGCUCCACCUUAUAUGGCUGUUCUUGGUCCUGAUAUGUUCAAGAGGGAUGUGCUGUUGCCACUGCGUGAUUCCGGAAAGGUCAGUGGUGUGUUGCUCGCAUAUGACACAGCUACUGAUCUGCCACAACACUAUUCACCUGACGAUACCUGCCCCAAUCGGUACUCAGGACAGAAGAAGUGUGACGACAAUGCCCCGUGGAACCCUGAGGGAAUGGGACUCCUGCAAAUUGACUGGGGCUUUCCAAUGUUCUACAUCAAAAGCAAUUCUAAUGAUAGUUCUGGGAACCUGCGGAAGAUAAGAGAGUGUCACCAGCGCUAUAACAGCGCUGACACUCAGGCUGGACGGACACUUUGUGCUAUAGAGAUGAAUUCGUACAUGUCUGCAGCUGUCAGUUCAGAAGUGUGUGUUAGGCGAAAUGGAGUGAAAAAUAAUUUCCAUCCAGGUGAGACACAGGUCCACGUGUGUGACGCUCUUAUUGACCGUAACGUUUGGGUGAGCCUACCAGCUCUCUCACGAAAUCGUCCAGAUGCCGCUUAUGAAAACAGAACAGUCAUCAUGGUUUCAGCCCGAAUGGAUUCCACGUCUAUGUUUGACCAGGUGGUGCCAGGUGCAACAAGCCCAGUCACUGGUAUAGUGGCACUGCUGGCCACGGCGCAUGCCCUUUCCCAGGUCUUCCCCCAGGAUGACACACAACAAUCGAGCACUGUUCUUUUCACACUGCUGCAUGGUGAAUCACACGACUACAUCGGAUCCCAGCGUCUCUUGUGGGAUAUGCUGCACGGACAGUUUCCACAUCCUCCAAAUGCUGGUAUUGAUGAUCCUGUACACUUGCUGUACCCAAACCAUCUAAAGCUCUUUGUUGAACUGAGCCAGCUUUCCAACAGGCAGCAACAUCUCACUUUCCACCCAGCAAGCAGUGCAAAUUACAUCAGGGCUCAUGCUCCAGUGAUGGACUUCAUGGGCAACAUGACGGAAUUUGGACACAGCUAUGGAAUUACAUUUACUAAGUCAACUACAGACACACUGCCACCUGCUUCUCUACAGACAUUUCUUGUGCACGAUAACAAACUACCUGGUGUGGUUAUUGCUGAUCACGAAGCUGGCUUUACGAAUAGGUACUAUAACAGUAUAUUUGAUGAUGCAUCGACACUCAACUACACAUAUUACAAUGGCUCUGUUCCACCUGAGGAUUCACUUGCAUCAUUUAUAGCUAACUUCUCUACAGUUUUGGCACAGUCAUUGUUCUACAUGGCAACGAAAACAAAAAACACUAAUGCAUCUGUUGAUGCAACUCUGGUGGAUGAGUUGCUCCAUUGCUAUCUAGAGAGUAUGAACUGCUCAAUCUUCAAUGCUGCAACAUUCCAGAGCAGAUUUGAAGAUAAGCCACCUACAUUUUACAUAGGUGUCAAUGCUUAUCCAAGUGUAAUGGCACAGCUGACAGGGCAGACAUUGGCAUACCUGACGGGGCAGCUCACGAACAAAACCAAGGAGCAGUGUGUCGCUGAUCCUCAGAGCCAGGCCUUCACUGUAAAUGGAAUCCUCAGGAGGAUGGUACAGGUGUUAAUAUCUGAACAGUCUCACAGUCCCAAGUGUGAUCUUUUUUAUAAUAGUGCUUGGCCAUAG